UUAAUGAAAUUACCCUGAUAGCCACGCUUUGAUUAAAAGUAGUUGCAUUUCAGCAGUUACAGUUAACUUGACAUCAAGUUUGCCGUAAAUUUUUAUAGUACAAUAGUUGUAAACAAAUUGAAUGCAAUUUACAGCCCCAAUUUGAAUACAAGUUAACACCGAACUUUUAGUUAAAUUGUACUACAAUUUUACUACAACUUGAAUAAAAUACUUGUACUGCAAGUCUUGACGUCAAAUUGCACUGUAACUUGUAGACAACUUAAGUAAAAACGUUUGGUUUGCAACUUUUUUCAUCAAGUUGGCUACAAAUUUUGGCAGUAGAUUGAAUAAAAGUUUAAGUUAAGAUGGCUAUCAGGGUAAAAGUGCAAAUUGUUUACAUUAUGAGCACAUGUUAAUAUUUAUAUUGAAGUCUACUUUAAGUAGUUCGAUUUUUGCCGCUAGUUAGCGUAUUCAAAUUUUAAGGAUCUCAACACGGUCCUGUUUUUUAUUUUUUAUUUUUUUUUUAAUUUUAAUUUUACUGGUAUUACAAUAAUUAUUUGUAUCCAAUUAUUUGGGCAUAAGCUAUCAAUCACACUAAAUUGUUGCAAUAUUUUUACUAACUAAAAUGCAGUUAAAAUUAAACUUGAUUGCUGCCGCUUGUGGUGAUAACCUAGGAAUUGGAAUCAACGGACGUUUGCCAUGGAAACUCAAGGCUGAAAUGGCAUUUUUUACUAACAUGACAACUAAAACUAAAAAUGUUAACAAAAAAAAUGUUCUCAUUAUGGGACGAAAAACGUGGGAGGGUAUCCCAAAAAAGUUUAGACCUCUACAAAAUCGAAUAAAUAUUAUUUUAUCUCAUCAAAAAUUAGACUACGAAAACGAACCAAUUGUUUGUCAAAGUUUACAACAUGCAUUAGACACUAUUUCUAAGCCCGAUCUUUGUGAAAUAGUUGAAAAUAUUUGGGUGAUUGGCGGUCACGCUGUUUAUAAAGCAGCUAUAGAUCAUCUCAAUUGUUUCCGAAUAUACUUGACUUAUAUCAAAAAAGAUUUUGAAUGUGACACGUUUUUUCCGUCUAUUCCCAAAAAUUUUAUUGAAACAAGCGACACUAACAUACCCUCGGAUAUCCAAGAAGAAAAUGGUAUUCAAUUUCUUUAUAAAGUUUAUGAGAAGGUUUCAAAUUAAUGAAAUAAUGUAACAUAAAAUCAAUUAUGUAAAGAAGAUGUUUUUUAUUUUAAUUAUAU